UUCCCGACUAGUAACUAAGGCAUUCUCGCAACGUUUCACGCGGUAUUCUUCUUACUGUACACUUCUAUCUCGUCCCAAAAUACUCAUAUUGAAAUUUUGGAGUUACCAUGGCGUUGGUAACGAAAGCGGAUAUUCGACUUCACCUAUUGUGUAUCUUUUUUGCGGUCGGAUCAUUCGUUUGGGGAUACAAUGUCGGUAUCCUCUCGUCUGUAUUGGUUCAUCCCGGAUUUAUUAAGGCGAUGGGUCAUCUUACGCCAUCACGAAAAGGAGUAAUCACCGCUAUAUAUUAUUUAGGAACAUGGUACGGCUUCGUUCUUCGUAGAAUGCUGCUGUCGCGUAGGCUAAUGAUACGGCAGUGAGUGAUUGGUGUUGAGCUUUUUUUCUCAGUUCGCCUUGGCUUGUUGGCGCAGGGUGGCCGAAGAGACCUGAAAUGACCCUGUUCGCUAUCAAUAGCAUCAGAACGACGUUGCGUCCCUACAAAUGUGCUAAUAAUCAA